UGUUGUGUCUAAUAAGGGAACAGUGAGUGUCAUUGGCAGCUGUGAGUCUCUCUCUCUCUUUAGGGGGCUGACAGGAGCCAGUUUCUUCAGUGUGUUUGAGGAGCAGACGAGAAACUUGUGCUGUGCUCUGAGUUGAUGAAGUAGUGUGUGUCGAGCUGAAGGAGAAGAUGGAGAACUGUCUGAUGCUGAUGUUUCUGUGUUAUAUGAUAAAACUCAUCACCUCUGACAGUGUGAGUGUGAGGUUGGUGAAUGGUAAUAUUCCCUGUGCUGGUCGAGUGGAGGUUUAUAAUGAUGGUCAGUGGGGAACAGUGUGUCAAUAUAACUGGGAUAUGACUGAUGCUGCAGUGGUGUGUAGAGAGCUGGACUGUGGGACGGCUGUAAAAGCAACAUACGAUGCUCACUUUGGACAAGGAUCAGGACCAAUUUCAACGGGUUAUGUACAAUGUAGUGGAUCAGAGACUGCACUGAAAGACUGUAAGUCAAACAGCCGCCUUGCACAGCUGGUCUGUAAUCAUGGUCUUGAUGCUGGUGUCAUCUGUUCAGGACAAGGACUUCGACUUGUGGACGGGCUUCACCUGUGCUCUGGGAGAGUGGAGAUGUUUCGUACAGAAGGAUGGGGUUCAGUGUGUGACGCUGUCUUUGACCAGCAGGAUGCAGAGGUUGUGUGUAAACAGCUGGACUGUGGGGCUCCUGUACAGGUGCUGGGAGCAGCUGCUUUUGGUAAAGGAAAAGGCCCUGUUUGGUCAGAAGAAUUUCAGUGCAGAGGAAAUGAAUCUCAGAUACACGUCUGUUCACGAUCAUCUUCACAGAAAUACAACUGUUCUCAUGACAAUGAUGUGGGAGUGAUCUGUUCUGGUUACACAGAUCUCAGGCUGGUGAAUGGCUCAGACUCUUGUUCUGGAAGAGUAGAGCUUCAGUUCCUCAAAGAGUGGGGCACAGUGUGUGAUGCAUGCUGGGAUAUGAGAGCUGCCAGUGUCCUCUGUAAACAGCUGAAUUGUGGGAUUGCUGUGUCUGUUGUGGGAUCAGACUGGUUUGGAGAGGGAAGCGGUGAAAUCUGGGCUGAUGUGUUUGAUUGUGACGGGAAUGAAACAAAACUCUCAGAAUGUUCCAUCUCUUCAUGGAGUCGAGCUGAAUGUUCGCACAGACGAGAUGUUGGAGUCAUCUGCUCUAGUGAGAACAUUCACACCACACUGAACUCAUGGGUUUCAGACUCUCCAGACAGUAAAGCUCAUCUGGAGAACUGCAGCUCUUCACAAACUCUCAAAUGCAGCUCCACACAACAGCUGUCAGUGAAGAACACUGGUCGAGGGUCCAUCAGGCUGGUGGGUUCUGGGGGAGACUGUGCAGGGAGGCUGGAGGUUUUUCACAGCGGCUCAUGGGGGACAGUGUGUGAUGACUCCUGGGAUAUUAAAGAUGCCCAUGUGGUGUGCAGACAGCUGCAGUGUGGAGUGGCCCUCAGUAACCAGCAGGUACCAGCCUGGUUUGGUCCUGGUUCUGGACACAUAUGGCUGGAUGAGGUGGAGUGUGAGGGGAAUGAGACGUCCCUGUGGAGCUGCUCUUCUUCAGGCUGGGGAAAACAUAACUGUAAACACAAGGAGGAUGUAGGAGUCGUGUGCUCAGAGUUUAAAGAGAUCAGAUUAACUGAGGGCUGUGAAGGGAAUGUGGAGGUCUUCUACAAUGGAUCCUGGGGUAAUGUGUGUUACAAUCAGAUGGACAGAGACACAGCGAGCCUGAUCUGUCAAGAGCUGAACUGUGGAAGAUCUGGCAGUGAACCCGGUUAUUCAGAGGGACUGAAGUCCCAUAAUUGGCUUGAUCAACUGAAUUGUCGACGACAUGACUCCACUUUAUGGCAGUGUCCAUCUUCACCCUGGGGACAGACUGACUGUGAUAAUGAAGUCGCCAAUAUCACCUGCUCAAAGGAUCAGACACGCGAGUCUCCUCAGAGUCUUCUGACAUGUUCUACCUCACCAUCUCCAUACAAGAGACAGUGUUCAAAUCAUGUUCCUCUCAGACUGAGUGGAGGUAACGGCCGGUGCUCUGGGACUCUCUCUAAGAGGAGACACAGGACGAUGACUGAAGCCGUGUAUGAGGAGAUUCAGCACAGACACAAUCACUUCACUCAGAGGGGGAGUCUCAUCUCUGAAGAACUGAAUUCUGGGUAUGAAGAUGCUGAUGAGCUUCUCUCAGCAAAAGAUUUCAAGACUGCAUAUUAUGAUGACAUCACUAAUGACAAUGGCCUAAAAGAAGAGAUGGUGAAGGAAAUCACACCGGGAUACUAUGAUGAUGUCAUCACUGAUGGACUGAAACCAGAUCUGGACACACCAGAGAAUUAUGAUGAUGUCAUCAUAAAUAGACGGAUCUCUCAAGGGGAAACAGAGAGAGUUCAGGAGGAGUAUGAUGAUGUCAUGAGUGUCAGUGAAGAUGUGACAAACCUGUUGAAUUAUGAUGAUGUGGAGGAGGAGUCAAACAGAGAAGGGGGUUAUUUGGCUCAAUGA